CGAUGCACUAACAAAUAGAGAGAUAUACAAUCUGAGUGUCACCAAAGAAAGAUGCAAGAAAGUCCCAAGAAGAAAGCUUUUUUCUUCCUUAUUCUCCUCCUUUCUUCUGCAACUUUUCUGGGCAACUUUCCAUGGCUGACCCUUCUUCUUCUCCUCUUUCUUGGGGUUUCUCUCUUCUUGUUCAACACCCUGUGGCUUCAGCCACAGAUACUGCGAUGGAAGAUUCAGAGACAAGGGAUCAAAGGCCCCAAACCCUCUCUUCUCUAUGGGAAUGCCCCUGAGAUGCACAAGAUUCAAGCAGCUUCCAUGAAAGCUUCAAGCUAUGCUGGUGAAUUUGUAGCCCAUGAUUACACCUCCACUCUCUUCCCUUACUUCGAACAAUGGCGUAAACAAUACGGUUGCAUAUAUACAUAUUCAACAGGGAACAAGCAGCAUUUGUAUGUGAACAAGGCAGAAUUGGUAAAGGAGAUGAACCAGAAGAGUAGUAUGGAGUUGGGGAAGCCAUCUUAUGUCACCAAGAGACUUUCCCCCAUGCUUGGGAAUGGACUUUUGAGGUCAAAUGGCCAUAUGUGGGCACUUCAGAGGAAGAUUAUAGCACCAGAAUUCUUCAUGGACAAAGUCAAGCAUCACGUGAACCUGAUGCUGGAAUCGGCGGAGCUAUUGGCAAGAAAAUGGGACGAGGCGAUUGAAGCGCAAGGCGGGGAAAUGGCGGAGAUAGCGGUGGAUGAAGACCUGAGGAGCUUUUCUGCAGAUGUGAUUUCUAGGGCUUGUUUUGGAAGCUCUUACAGUAAGGGCAAACAGAUAUUCUCAAAGCUUAGAAAUCUUCAAGCCAUCCUUUCGUCCCAGAGUUAUCUCUUCGGUUUGGCUGCAUUAGGGUUUCUUCCACAGAGAAAGCACAAGGGGAUUGCGAGUUUGGAGAUGGAAAUAGACACGCUUAUCUGGGAAGCGGUGAAGAAGAAGGAGGCGUCUUCGGCCGAGAAGGACCUGUUGCAGUGCAUACUGGAAGCCGCCAUCAAUGACGAAAGCAUGGACGAGAAUUCAUCGAGGAAAUUCACGGUUGAUAACUGCAAGAACUUGUAUUUUGCAGGCCACGAGGCCACUGCUACGGCUGCAUCCUGGUGCCUUAUGCUCUUAGCUCUCCACCCGGAAUGGCAGUCUCGUAUACGCGAGGAGACAAACCAACUCUGCCCCAAUGGCCAGCUCGAUGCAGAAUCGAUCACCAAGAUGAAGAUGGUGACAAUGGUGAUUCAAGAAGUUCUCCGUCUUUACCCACCGGCUGCAUUUAUCUCGAGAGAAGCCCUCCAGGAAACACAUAUAGGGCAUAUACACGUGCCCAAAGGGGUGUGCGUGUGGACACUGAUCCCAACCCUGCACCGCGACCCCGACCUAUGGGGCCAAGACGCACACGAGUUUAAGCCCGAGAGGUUCGCCAAUGGCAUCUCCAAUGCCUGCAAAAUGCCACAAGUUUUCAUCCCUUUCGGGGUCGGUCCUCGCCUCUGUGUUGGCCGCAACCUCGCCAUGGUCGAGCUCAAAGCCGCGGUGUCUCUCAUAGUCUCCAAGUUCUCAUUCUCGCUUUCUCCAAAGUACAAACACUCCCCCGCUUUUCGGAUGAUUGUUUCACCUGGAAAAGGAGUAAGAAUUGUGAUUCAGAGAUUGAAGAAGUAGGAUUAGGUUCAAGGGCAUGAAUCCCCAGAUGUACUCAAAUAAAAAACACAAAGAACUGAAGGAAAUCCUAUGUACUUGAGGUCUGGGAAGCAAAAUUUCUGCAAUUAUCUGAUCUUUAUCUCCAAAAA